UGGUGGUGACGGUAGUGGUGGUGGCUGGAAUUCAUUAUCGCGGGGACAGGUCCAGGGAGGGGGCUGCCGCUGUUGUUGGGACCGUUAGUUGGUGUUGAAAGUCGCACUUGUGUAAAUGGACACCGGACUGCUGCUGCUGGACUCCGCUGAUGAGCCGCUGGACGGCUUCAGUGCCCGUCAGCUGGUGCUGCGCGUGCAGAGGAAGCUGCAGGGCAAGUGCCGGGGGAGCGGGCGUGGGGGCCCUGCGGCAGGGGCGGGGUGCCCCCCCCCCUCCUCCGCCCCCCCCCUCGUGGACGAGGCUGCGAGCGCGGCUCUGGACGCGCUGUACCGCGUGGCGCGGUGCAGCUCGGGCAGCCAGAAGCGGGCGCAGAGGCUUCUCAAGGACCUCGUCAAGGUGGUGGUCACGGUUGUCCUCCUGUCCCGGAGUGGGCAGCUCGAGGAGACGGCCGAGGCCGCUGCCGAGGUUCAGCGGCUCAAGGGUCACGUGCGGCGAGCGGCCAUGACGGCACUCAGCUUCUACCAGGUGGACUUCACGUUCGAGCGCGAGGUGCUCUCCGCGCUCCUCGCGCUCUGCGGCUCCUCGCUGGGCGCCCUGCUGCCGCCGUGCCACGGGCCCCGCGUGGCUCGCGCCUUCCGCGCCCUCGCCGCUCCCGAGCUGCUCACCGCGCUCUACGACCCCGGCGGCCCACACCGGCGCGGCCUCGCGCAAAUGUGCGAGGCCAUCGACGGCCUGCUCGACCGCGGGAUCGUGUGACCGCCACUGCCCUCCCCCACCCCGCAACCGCACCGCCGAGCCUCCGAAGGCCUGCUGGAUCACGUGACUCCUGUACCAUCGAAGGCCUGCUGGACCGUGCCAACGUUUGACCCCCGUGCCAUCGAAGGCCUGCUGGACCGUGCCACCGCCUGACCCCUGUACCAUCGAAGGCCUGCUGGACCAUGCCCCUGCCUGACCCCCGUGCCACUGAAGGCCUGCUGGAUCACGUGACUCCUGUACCAUUGAAGGCCUGCUGGACCGUACCACCGCCUGACCCCCGUGCCACUGAAGGCCUGCUGGACCGUACCACCGCCUGACCCCCGUGCCAUCGAAGGCCUGCUGGACUGUACCACCGCCUGACCCCCAUGCCAUCGAAGGCCUGCUGGACCGUACCACCGCCUGACCCCCGUGCCACUGAAGGCCUGCUAGACCGUGCCAACGUCUGACCCCCAUGCCAUCGAAGGCCUGCUGGACUGUACCACCGCCUGACCCCUGUACCAUCGAAGGCCUGCUGGACCGUGCCACCGCCUGACCCCCAUGCCAUCGAAGGCCUCCUUGACCAUGCCCCUGCCUCACCCCCGUGCCACUGAAGGCCUGCUGGACCGUACCAUCGCGUGACCCCCCGUGCCAUCGAAGGCCUGCAGGACCGUACCACCGCGUGACCCCCGUGCCACUGAAGGCCUGCUGGACCGUACCACCGCGUGACCCCCGUGCCAUCGAAGGCCUGCAGGACAGCCUGCAUAGGCUACACGUGUAUACAUGAGAACACUGCGUGUGUGUGGGGAGCAGAAGCCGAGCGGUGAGCGCGCUGCGCGACGAACCCCGGCGACCCGAGUUCAA